GGAAAAUGUUUCAAUCAUUAUUUGGCUGUUGAACUAAGAGAGAGAAUGACAGUAGGAAAAAUAUUUACUCUGAAGCCCCCGAAAGCCAUAAAGACGAUUACAUUGAUUUACUAAACCAGACGGAGAAAUAAAUUGAGGAUCAGGAGCAGUGAUCAGAAGCCUCUCUUACAAAGAGUAAUCAAGAAGAUUAAAAAGAAAUCCUAUCAAGGAGCCAUUGAGUUGGAAGAGUUGAUGGAAAUUAUUGAAAAAUAUUUCAUUCACUCUGAUAACAAAGAGGCAGCCUACCGAGUCAAUACCCUGACAGAAUUCUUUGAACAGCAGUAUUUUCAAAGCGAUGAGGAUGGGGAAGAAGGAUUUCUCGAUUCGUUAAAAAUUAACUGCUUUUUACUGCUCAUAUGAACAGAGAGUGAAAACAACAAUAAGGCAAGCAAAACAAAUGAGCUCAUACAGCUCAUGCUAGAGGUGGCUAUCGAGUCCGAGCAUGAUGAAGCAAGCGAAGGCACAAAGCAUCAAUUCUAUCGGAAAGAUCCAAUUACCCUAGAAGUAUUAUCAAUCCUUUUCUCAGGAGCUAUUAUUCCAUUCAUCCAAAAAUGAGAGGUUCAACUUUGAGGAGACGAGCACUUUGAACGUCUCCUAAACUAUGCUACUACAAACCAGAAUGUAUUUUACCACUUUGCUAAAUUUAUGCUGAAAAACUACAUUUUUACCUCAGCCCACAAGAGGAACAGACAGAAGAGCAAGAGCGUUUCCUAUAGUCCAUCUAAGUUUCAAGGGAAGAUGACUAGGUCAUUCCAGUACUUCUUUGAGAUCAAAAUGAUCCGUAAAAAGUUUCUGUAUUUCGCAAAGAGUCAUAGAGACUUAUGCUUGGAGAGUUCGGAUAUACAGAUUGUCAACUCCCGGAAGCAGUUUCAGGGAUAUUCUCAGGAUGAAGAGAAAACAGAAACCUAUGCUUCCAAGAAGGAGGAGGUGGAAGAGAAUCCUUUCUUCAACAACAGUGAGAUCUUUGGUACUUUUGGAGAAAAACUAGACAUUGAUGAAGAGAAACUUCCGAACUUUAACACCACUCAUCCUAAUCAGACACCUGAUACAAUCCAAGAAAGGCUUGAGACUCUCAGUAAUUACGUGGAAGAGGAUCGACAUCCCCUCGAGGGUGGUAUUAGCCAAACGAAAUACAAUUUUAAUGGCACUAUAGUCCUGGGAGCGAAGAGCAAUCAGUCCUUCUUGCUUGAUAAAAGCCAGACUCAUGAAAAUAGCGAAGCUCAAUUUAUCCAAGAGCUUAACGAUAAAUAUGGCCAAGAUUUGGUAAAUAUGCUUGACCUCCAUUUUGAAAAGAAUGUUACACAAGGAGUUUACUGGUGUGACCCAAAAAUCUGCAAGAUUCCUGCCCUCAAGGAUAAAUUUAAGAUGGAGUAUGAAGAUGGCUCUGAAUCUGAGAAAAUACAAAGACCUCGGUUUAGCCAUUCUUUUAGAUACAGCUCUCAUUUAGGAAACCAGGAUGAGUCUAACUCAAAUGUGACAGCUCAAGCAUAUUUAAAGUCUGUCAUUAAAAGUCAAACGAGUUACAGACAAUUCUAUGAGUUCUACUUGGGUGAAUACUCCAACAGUAUAGGAGUUAUUAACUCCUACUUACGCCUUCUGGAGGUAUAUGAAGAGCUAACCUUCUCUCAGGAGGGAUUCCAGCUCCCAAACCAAAAUUAUUCUCGAACAAAGAUCUUCGAGACUGAUCUUCUGGAUGAAUUUGAGACUGAGAUAAGCUCAGGCAUAAUAUCAGAUGCCUUGGAUGAAGAGUUCCAGGAUUUUUAUAAGUAUAACCUCCUAAUCGUACCAAUAUUUAAAGAAGGCACUCUUCUCAUUUUUGUAGUCAUUGUCGAGGAUGAAAAUCCUCAAGUAAAGCUAUACUUUGAAGAAGACAAAAUAUCUGAAGAAGACGAUGAAAGAAUGAUGGAAUACAGCCAGAUCAUCAUCGAUUUGCUCGAAAGGGCAUACCUGACUGUUGGCAUGAACUUUGAUGACAGGAAUAUUGAAGGCAAGAGUAUUCCGAUUAAAAGCAUCCCAGAAAUGGUCCAACAAGUUGAAGAUUUGAUCUUAGUCGCUCCAGACGAAAGUCACAAGUUGUCUGAAGAUAGCAUCAGGCAUAAAAUAGUUGAUAGACUUUUAUCAGUGUAUAAACUCUAAAAUUAAUCAAUAAUGAAAAA